UCAUUUAACGCCCAAUGAGAAUUUAGUUUCUUAGGGUUUAUAGUGAACGCAAUCGAUAAUCGCACAUUGUAUGGCUCUAAUUCGCGCCAAAAAUCAUUGGAAGGCUAGAACAGUUGUGGGUUUAGUUACAACGUUGGCCAGUUCUGACAGAUAUCAUGGAGUCCGCUGCUGCGGCGUGGGAUUUUUGUGUUCUCUUACAAGAAUAAUGUACUUACAUGAAUAAUAUCAAUCUCUAACUGUGCCCCUCAUACAUGUAUAUAAAUCUGGCGAGCCAUAUAUUGUCAACUUUGUUUUUGGCUAAUUGUAAGUGGACACAAUGGGGAUUACCGGUUUACUCCCGUUUUUGGAGAAAGCAUCGACGAAGGGCAAUAUCAGUCAAUUUGCCGGAGGGACGGUAGCUAUUGACACUUAUUGCUGGCUUCACAAAGGAGCCUUUUCAUGUGCCGAAAAAUUGGCUCUCGGACAACCCACGGAUGCGUAUGUUACAUAUUGUAUGAGGUUUGUUAAUAUGCUGCUUGGCAAUAACAUUAAACCAAUACUAGUAUUUGAUGGAUGUCAUUUGCCUGCAAAAAAAGAUACAGAAUCUAAGAGAAGAGAACUGAGAGACAAGAACCGUAAAAAAGCUGCUGAAUUAAUACGCCUUGGUCAAGUGGCAGAUGGAAAAAAUCUUUUAAGACGGUCAAUUGACAUAUCGCAUGAAAUGGCAUUGAAUCUCAUCAAAGCAUGCCAUGAACGCAACAUUGAUUGCAUUGUAGCACCAUAUGAAGCAGAUUCUCAGCUAGCGUAUUUAAACAUUUCUGGCAUAGCAGAUGUUAUUAUUACAGAGGAUAGUGACCUUACAUUAUUUGGUUGCAAAAAGAUAUUCUUUAAGAUGGAUGUCGCAGGUAAUGGUGUACUUGUCGAACAAGAUCGGUUUCAUUUAGCAAUGGGUGUGCGGUCCGAGCACUUUAGCAUGGACAAAUUCCGCUAUAUGUGUAUUCUAUCAGGUUGCGAUUAUUUGCCCUCGCUGCCAGGCAUUGGCCUGGUCAAGGCGUGCAAGUUCAUUAACAAGACCGCUGAAACAGACAUGCAUAAGGCGCUUACGAGGUUGUCCUCAUACCUUAACAUGAAAUCCCUAGAUGUUUCCAUUGAGUAUAGGGAUGCAUUCCUCCGAGCAGAUGUUACAUUUAAACACCAAUUAGUAUUUUGCCCUUUCAAAAGAAAGCAAGUACGCCUCACUCCCCCUACAACUGAUGUAACUCCAGAACAGUUGCAUUAUGCAGGCAAAGAAAUGCCUGAUGAUCUAGCUUGGCAGUUAGCUAUCGGCAAUUACGAUCCCAUGUCUCUAAAGAAGAUCCACGAUUACGAUCCUGACACUUAUGCAUCUGGGAAGAGUAUAACAAGAACCAAUUCUUGGAAAGCUGCACCAGUAGUAAAACAUGAUAGCAUUUGGAAUACAGAUUUUAAAAUCAAUAAAAAACCACCAAAAGAAGACAAGCAGACAACAUUAUGGCCUGAUACAUUCGGCAAAGUUACUAUUCUUAAAACAUCUGACAUUGCACGACCGUUAACGUCACCUAAGCGCAGUUAUGAAGAAGUUAACGAGAUGGAACAGGAAGAAAUGAUUAAAUUAUAUACAAGAAACAAAUCUGAGAGUAACAAACGUUCAUGUAGUGAUGUUGAUGUAUCUAAUCUCCAACUAGAUACGUCUGGUUUAGAGGAGAGAGAAAAGUCCCCAAUAUUAGUCAGGAGGGCAAAUCCGUUUGCAAAGACCACUAAGUCUCUAGAGAUUUCUCCUAGCCUUUUGGAUAAAGGCAAGAACCGUUCUAAAUUUCGAAACUUGGCUAGAUUUCGGCCGACUGUGGUAGACAAUAAUAUUUUAACAGAGAGUAAAUUUUUUGCACAAACUACUGAUUUACCCAAGCAACCAAAUUUCAAAAAUUGUGCAACAGCUAACUAUCCCGCAACGGAAAAGUGCUAUGGCCUGUACCAAUCCGCUGACUCUAAGGCAUACAAGGCAGAAGCAUUAGAAUAUGACAAUUAUCUGCUUUCCAGAACAGAUGAUCAACAAUUAGAGUGUAAAGAAUUAGAUAUUAAAAAUGAAAAAAGAAUUCCUGCUGUUGAAGAUAGAAUGGAAACAUCACAGAAUCAUGCAGUCAUACAAGAGUCGUGCAUAUCUGAGUCGACGUACGAAGAAACAGUAACUGAGAUGCAUGGUGCCUUACCUGUAGCAGAAGAGGAAUCAACUUCAGGUGUAAAUUCUUUAGACAUAGUUUAUACUGACAGGGAUAUUAUUUUACCUGUGAAUACGCGAAAUUCAAGUAUUGCAAAUGGUUUAAAAGAUCUCCAGCCAAAUUAUACGAAGCCCAAUUUACUGCAAUGGAAAAACACCAAAGUAAAUAGCUCCACAGCAUUGCUGUCGAUUGGUGUUUUGAACAGCCAAAAUAAUGGAACUCUGAGGGCGAUGCAAGGAGCUGCUAAAACGAAUCGUCUACCUCGGACCAGAAGUGUAAAUAAAAAAUUUCAACCUGUGAAGAGAAAGUCUCAAAUAGAACAAGGACAACAAUGUCUGCUCAGCUCAUUUGGAUUUCAGAAAAAAACUGGUCUUCAGCAUUGAAAUUCAGAUUUAGCUAAACGUACAGGGUGCAUUAACUAACAUGGAUUGCGGGUUCAAAAAUACAUUGUUAAGCAUAUUGCUAAAUAAUAUAAUGAAUACAAACAAUGAAAGGGAGCAGUUUGAUUAUUUAUAACGUUGAAACAGUCGCUAACUAAAUAUUUGUAUAUGCAGAUUAAGUAUGUUGUUUGUUGAGUUAGAAUGACUUUAAAUAAUUUGUCUAAAAUAUUUCUACGUAAGGGCGACUCGCAAGGUACUGACGCAAUUACCAUGUGAUUUUUCUACGAAUAUCAAAUCCAAACAGUGUGUCUGGCUAUACGAUAUUAAGUUGUUCACACACACGUUAUGUCUGAAGAUAGUAUAGUACUAAUAAUUUUUCAGUAUAGUCCAUAUCGAUCUUAUACAGCAUAAUUUCGAAGAUACGACCAAUUCAAUGUGAUUCAUUAAUUUAUCGUUCCUAGACAAUUGUACUUACAUGUGUACAUUUUUUUUGCAAAUCAAAUACCUCUAAUAAUGAGAAAUAAACAUAUUUUUGAUAA